UCUUGGAGAAAAAUCAAAACAGAGAAUCAAAGAAAGAAGAAAUAUGAAGUUAGCUGCGAUCUUCUUGGUUACUUGUGUCUUAUUCUCCCUUCUCUCAAGCCACCUUUCUCAAGGUGAAGUACCAAGCGUGAAUGGUGCGAGAAGGCCGUGGUGUCCGUCGAAGAAGCAAGUGUUUGGUGGUUCGUGCGGAAACGAUGGAGCACAACAAUGUCUAAACAACUUAUUAAGUACAUGGGAUCCAAGUGUAAGGCUCAGCCCGGUCUCAUGCGAUUGCACUCCUCAAACUAAAAACAAUAUUCUUUGUAGUUGUCCUAACAUGAUAUGCCCUUAAGACCCCAAACUGUUGUUCUGUCUCAUUUUUCCAUGUAAUCCAUCAGUAAUAAUGUUUCAGUUUCCAUCGAAAACACCAAAGAUGAUAUGAUAUACUUGAAUCUCAGACUUCUCAA